CCCGCAGCACGAAACAUUAACAACGCCAGCUGGGCAGAUGGCAGCCCCUUCAGGGAUGGUGGAAGCUAUUUUUGCCCGGAAUGUAGAGGAACACCCCGAGCCCCUCAAAGCAGAAGUGCGCGGCGAGAUCCCAAGCUGGAUGGAGGGAAUCCUUCUCCGCAAUGGUCCAGGCAUGCAUACAAUUGGGGAAAGCAAAUACAACCACUGGUUUGACGGCAUGGCUUUGUUGCACAGUUUUACAAUAAAAAAUGGUGAAGUUUUCUAUCGAAGCAAAUACCUCCGCAGCGACACGUACAAUUGUAAUAUUGAGGCAAACAGAAUUGUGGUGUCAGAAUUUGGAACAAUGGCUUAUCCAGAUCCGUGCAAAAACAUAUUUGCCAAGGCAUUCUGUUAUCUAUCUCACACAAUACCUGAGUUCACAGACAACUGUCUCAUCAAUAUCAUGAAAAAUGGGGAAGAUUACUAUGCUACAAGUGAGGUCAAUUUCAUUAGGAAAAUCAAUCCUCGGACUCUAGAGACCUUGGAGAAGGUUGACUACACUAAGUACGUGGCCAUCAAUCUGGCAACUUCCCAUCCCCAUUAUGACAGCGCUGGAAAUAUUCUCAAUAUGGGCACCUCCAUUGUGGAUAAGGGGAGGACCAAAUACGUUAUCUUCAAGAUCCCUCCUUCUGUACCAGCAAGUGAAAAGAAGAUAAAGAAGACGUGUCUGAAACACCUUGAAGUCAUGUGUUCCAUCCCCUCCCGUUCCUUGCUGCACCCAAGCUAUUACCACAGCUUCGGCAUUUCAGAAAAUUACAUCCUCUUCAUAGAGCAGCCCCUCAAGUUGGAUAUACUCAAGAUGGCAACGGCCUACAUCAGAGGAGCCAACUGGGCCUCUUGCCUCGUGUUCCAUAAAGAUGACAAGACCUGGAUUCACCUGAUUGACAAAAGAACUAAGAAGCCUGUGUCUACCAGGUUUUACACAGAUGCCAUGGUUCUCUUUCAUCACGUAAAUGCUUACGAGGAGGAUGACCAUGUGGUUUUCGACAUCAUCUCCUACACAGACAACAGCCUGUACCAAACAUUCUAUUUAAAGAACCUAGACAGUAACUUUGAGAACGUCAAGUUUAAUUCCAUACCAACUUGCAAGCGAUUUGUGGUUCCUCUGCAGUGCGACAAGGAUGCAGAAGUAGGUUCGAAUUUGGUCCGACUGCCAUCCACCACUGCAACUGCAGUGAAGGAAAAUGAUGGAAGCAUCUACUGUCAGCCUGAAAUAUUACGUGAAGAAAUAGAACUGCCUCGCAUCAACUAUGACUACAAUGGCAAAAAGUACAGAUAUAUAUUUGCCGCAGAGGUUAAAUGGAGCCCAGUUCCCACAAAGGUUGUUAAAUUUGACAUUCUGACAAAGUCAUCGCUUCAUUGGGAGGAAGAACAUUGCUGGCCGGCUGAACCAAUCUUUGUUCCUAGUCCUAGUGCCAAAGAGGAAGAUGAUGGUAUCAUAUUGUCAAAUAUCGUGACAUCGGAACCCCAGAAGCUGCCUUUCCUGCUGAUACUGGAUGCCAAAACGUUCAAGGAAAUAGCACGGGCUGUGGUCAAGGUAGAUAUGCACUUGGACUUGCAUGGACUCUUCAUACCUGAGACGAAUGUGAAAACAAAGACCGAGGCAGAUUUGGAGAAUGACCAUGAGUAAAAAAUGACUCUUCCAUCUUAUAAACUCAACAACAUUAAGUAUUGCAGCAAACUGUUGAACAACUUGCUAUGAUAUUCUAAUCCUCAGCACACAUACCUGUAUAUUUACCUGUACUCGGAGCCGGCACCAGAGGGUGGCCAGGUUGGACCCUGGCCGAGGGCCCCUAAAGGGUCCCUCCUUAGGGUGUGUGGGUAGGGGUAGCUUCCGCGAUCCACACCACAGAUCAUGGGAGAGAGUUCCGAGGCAUCCCCCCACUGCCAUACAGACCCACAAUGACCGCCUGCAACAUGCUCUGCCUACCUCUCAAAGUAAAUACUGGUUGUCAGGGCGACGCCAGGCAUGCCGGGGCCCGUUGCACUGCAGUUACAAGUCUGCCAUCAACCAAGAUGGUGGCUGAAGUUUCCCUGAUGCCUCCACUGCCAUCUUGAUUGAUGGCAGGGAUGUGCACGCAGACCAUCAUUUACUUCAAGAGGUUGGCGGAGCAUGUUGCAGGUGGCUGUCUUGUGCCUGCGCGGCAGUUGGGAGGUGCCUUGGAACUCCCUCCCUUGAAACGCUGUGCAAAUCCUUCAGGGAGAGGUAGGUGGGACGGUCGUGCAAGUGUGUGCCAGGGCUCGGGGAAGGCUGGUGCCCAAGGGCCCUGGCAUGCCUGGUGCUGGCCCUGCCUGUAUUGCUGGAAUAACAGCCUGGUCCUUGGCACUAUGCACAAUGAUCAAUAUGCCACAUCUUAGCAUUUGUUGUUUGGUACUGCAAAAUGUAGGGUCCAGUCCACAACUCCCCUGCACUGUGGAGCUAUGGAGAAUUGUAGCAUAGUGGCAAAUUCAGAAGUGCAAGUUCCCUUCAUGAUAAUCACGCUACGCCCCCUGAUAACCACACCGCAGGAUUCACUUGUCUCUUCUGCAAGUACAGAAUUAUAGAACCAGAAUAUAGCUGCUAUGUGCAUAGCCCCCCCCAAAUCUCUCUCUCUGGGGGCUAAAUGUUGCCAGAAACUUUAAGAAUUCUGAAAUGAAGUUUGGGACUAGGAUUUGGGAGACCAAGGAACUUUGCUAUGAAGCUCACUACUCACUUACCCUAGGAGCCAAUCAGCAUGAAAGGAGAAGUGUGUGUUUAGCUACUGAGAAGAAUCUUUUCAGUGAUUGGCUCACCUCCUUUCACUCUGAUUGGCUCCAAUCAGCAUCAAAGGACAAGGAAGCACAUUGUUAGCCAAGUGAGAAGACUCUUCUAGUGACUAACAUGCUCCCCUUUCAUGCUGAUUGGCUUUUAUAUAGGGAUCCUGCUUGACCCUGCUCCAAAAAAAGUAAGGGGUCUACGACCCCCUGCAAACCUGGAUGACUACACCCCGAUGGACAGUGAUGUACAGAUGACCGUGGAAGGCCCUAGCUAUUCUUGAGACUAGGGAUAGGGGAGAAAUUAUACUGAGUUUACAUUUAAAGAUGAACCUUCCCAAUUCACAGUUUCUGAAACAAUAUGAGAACUGAAGCAGAGCCACCCUUUGAAAUUUGUUAUUCUCGGAGUUAUGUAGUGAAAUUCUCCAGCCAAGUAACACAUAGAAAAUAUGCUUAUACUGGUUAAAAGUGUCCAUUAAAAUACAUAUAUUGGUGAAAAUAAUGUACAAAAAUGCAUUAUUUUAGGGGAAAAUUUGCAAAAAUGUUGCAAAAAUAUGUAUAGUAGGCAAACACGCAUCCCUACCUGAGAUCCAUGGGGCAUUUGCAACAGUCGGGGUGCAGUGAGAGGUUUCACCAGGCCCCACACACUAAUGAUAUGUGAGAAUUUCAAUUCAGUUCACUUCAAGCCAAAUCUAUCAAAUUCACACUUUCCAAAACAACAUGAGAACCAAAACACAGCCAUCCUUCAAAAUUCACACUUAUUCAAGUUUGUGAUGCAGUUCACCAACCAAACAAUGUUUACAAAAGUGCAUAUACUAGGUUAGAGUGUGCAUAAAAAUGAAUAAAUGAAUCAAAAUAACAUGCAGAAAUGCAUUAUAUGUCGAGAAAUGGCUUCCAAACAGGUGUACGUUAGUCAAAACUGCCUGCAAACAUGUGUUUAUUAGGAGAAAUUCACACAAAAAUGCUGGAGAAUUUUCAUGAGGAUUUUUUUAAAGAAAAAAUUGCAAAUUGCUGCAGAAGUGUAGAAAACUGAAUUUAAGACUGGAAAAAUGAGAACAGAAAUUGACAGAUCACUCCGUCCCUACCACACCCCCGGAACAGUUUGUGCCCUGCCUGGAGGCACGACAGUCCAGUCAUCUCAAAAAUCACCCAGCCAAGAACACAUAAACACCAACAUUACUGGUCAUGGGCUGAGAUCUCUUGCUCUGAGGAUACCUGGGGAUGUCAGCCACCUGCACUAGCUUGGGGGAAAGAGUUGCAGAUUACACAUGAAACGGAGUGUAGGAAAUUGGAUUGUAUCCAGCAGUGUUGUGACUAAUUCAUAAGUACAGGGUCCUUUCAUGAUAGUUGCAACCUCAUGCUUUUGUUUUGUUUUGCUGCUGGGUUGAGAAGGAAAUCCUUCUUAAUGCCUUCUUCCACAACAACAGACAUCCCUAGGAGCCAAUCAGCAAGGAAGAAGAGAGUGUUAGCUACUGAGAAGAAUCUUCUCAGUGGCUGACUUACUUCCUUUCACUUUGAUUGGUUCCAAUCAGCAGGAAAGGAUAAGGAAACAUAUUAGAAGGUUCUUCGCAGUGGUUAAUACACUCCCCUUUCAUGCUGAUUAGCUUGUAGGAUGCUGGAGACAUUGGGACCCUGCUCCUAAAAAAAGUAAGGGGUCUAAGAUCCCCUGAGAGCCUGGACGUCUACACCCCUGAUUGUAUCCUUGGGGUAGGACUGAGUCCCUAUUCACCCAGUUAGUAGAUGAGGUAGUUCUAGAGCAGUGGUUCCCAACCUUUAUGAGCACGGGACCCCCUUUAAAAGCUGAAACUUUUUUGUGACCCCCUCCCCCCAGGGAGGCAGGCUAGCUGCCAGGAAGGAAGGGGGAAAGCAGCCUUUCUUUGCAGGCUUGCUUAAGAACAUAAGAACAUAAGAAGAGCCUGCUGGAUCAGGCCAGUGGCCCAUCUAGUCCAGCAUCCUGUUCUCACAGUGGCCAACCAGGUGCCUGGGGGAAGCCCGCAAGCAGGAGUGCAAGAACACUCUCCCUUCCUGAGGCUUCCAGCAACUGGUUUUCAGAAGCAUGCUGCCUCUGACUAGGGUGGCAGAGCACAGCCAUCACAGCUAGUAGCCAUUGAUAGCCCUGUCCUCCAUGAAUUUGUCUAAUCUCCUUUUAAAGCCAUCCAAGCUGGUGGCCAUUACUGCAUCUUGUGGGAGCAAAUUCCAUAGUUUAACUAUGCGCUGAGUAAAGA